AUGUGCGACGAGAAUCCCGCCCUUGCACUCGAGCGCAGUGCCAAGACAACAGUGGUCAGAGACAUUAUUAUUGAGACACUCAGAGAGCAUCCAAAUGAUAAGUUGAUUGUAUUCACGCAAUGGACUACCAUUGGAAGAAUAUUAGGACGCAUUCUGGACGCAGAGAACAUCGGCUACUAUUACUUAUUUGGGUGCCUCAACCCAAAUGACAAGAAGAGAAACAUCAAAUGUUUCCACGACAAUCCGGAUGCGAGCGUUUUAGACCAGAUUGCAGGGCUGAAGUGCGGUGGACAGGGGCUAAACCUCACCGGCGCAAACCGGGUGAUCAACAUCGACCUCUGGUGGAAUUACGCUGUGGAGCAGCAGGCAUUCGGCCGCGUAUUUCGAAUCGGACAGAUCAAAGAGACGUACUUGUACCGCAUCAUGGUCAAGAACUCCAUCGACGGCAGGCUUCUUAAACUACAAAACGACAAAUUGAAACAAAUCAACGCCGCCCUAAAAGACUACGACCCCGUGAAGCAGCGUCUGAGCGCGUCGGAUGUUGCUGGGCUCUUUGGUCGGAUUAGACGGGAGCCAAACAGUCAGCUAGUUGUCGAGAGAGAUUAUGAAGAUGAUGUGGAUGAAGGCCACGAGGACGAUGAGGACGACAGGGAUGAGGACGAUGAGGACGACGGGGAUGAGGACGAUAACUGGGGCGAGCGUAGCAACGAGGACCCGGUGGACGAUAUAAGCCAACCUGACGAUUGA